AUGCGAAGUCCAAAGUCUCUCCCAUGUUUACAUUCCUUCUGUGAGGAAUGUCUUAGUACCUACAUCUUCGCAGACCUGUCUGGUGAUAUGGCCGCCAUGACAGCAUUCCCCUGUCCUGUAUGCAGGAAGAUCACAUCGCCUGUCAAUCACCCUGAGAGUAUAGACACGUGGGCACAACAUUUUCCUGCCAACAGUUUGAUUCAGUAUUUUAAGAACCACAAAGAAAUGGCAGGUACGCCACUUUAUUGUGGCCCUUGCAAGAAGACAAAAAAUAAGGAAACACCAGCUAAGUUUCUGUGCAGAGGAUAUGACACAUUGUUUUGCGAUAAUUGUAAGAUUAAUUUCCAUGAUAUAGUCCACGAAGUAUGUGCCAUUGUAACUCUCAAUGAGGCAAAUCAUGACGUGACAUGGGAAAAACAAUCGCCAAUAACAUGUUCGAAACACAACUUGAUGAUGGACCAUCAUUGUGAAAAUCAUAAGUUAAUCGGAUGCAAGAAAUGUAUCAUCACAGAUCAUCAACGAUGUGACGAUGUAACGACAAUCAAGGAGUAUUGUGAAACGAAGAAGAAUAACUUAAGGCUUGAUGACAUGGAUAAGUCUCUCAACAAAGCAGCCAACUGCAUGAAGUUAAUGGUAAACGCUUUUGACCAACAGGUAAAAUCUUUGCAGCGAUGUCAGAAUGCUGGUUUAAGCAGUAUUUCAGAUCACCGACAGAGAAUCAACACAUAUCUCGAUAAGAAACAGGAGGAGAUAACUCAAGAAAUGAUUUCAAAAUGCAAAGCUGAGAAAGCCAAGGUUGAUUUAUCCAAGCAGAAGUGUAGCCGACUGAGGGUCGCUAUUCAGAACACAAAAGAAGCAUCACAGACGGCCUUGCGGAUGGAAGACCACUUCGGAAUGAUACAACUGUUCCAUAGAGGUCAGACAGAGAUCGGGGUCUGUAAUGACCUUAUUGACAAUAUCGUUAAUCCAUUGAAGUCAGUAUCUAUAAACCACGACCUGAACACCAACCUGUUUACAAUAAACCCCAGCACUACUUUGCCGUUGGGUAUCAUUCUCGCGAAGGAGCAACCAUUUAUCAUACCUGACGGUAUUGGGUUAAUACAAAAUGUCGACUCGCUAUCUGAUAGUCGCGCCAAAAAAUUAGGAGCAUUCAUGAUUAACAUUCCGUCAGAUACAUAUGUGUGUGCAGCGCACGGACUUUUAUUAAUGCCGACUGGAAACAUCAUUGUAAGUGAAUAUACAAAACAGAAACUAAGAUUAUUUUCUAUCAAAGGACAGUAUUUGGACGAGUUAAAUACCAAUGGAUACCCACAUGAUGUUUGCUUGGUGGAUGAUGACACAAUGGCAGUUGCUACUACUGCCGGUAUACAUGUCGUGAAAGUACAGCCUUCCAAGCUGACCCUAUCGACCGUGAUAAAAGUGUCAACGUACAUCGAAUGUCAAGGUUUGGCGUUCAUGGAUGGACAUUUCAUGGUGAGCACAAAUGAAGGCAUUCAUAGCGUGACAAUGGACGGUAAGGUAGUGCAAAAUCAUACAUUGUCCUCACCGUGCUGGCAUCUUGCUUCUAAUCCGAAGAAGAAUACCACAUUUGCCUGUCUGCAAACAUCUUCAGUGGUUAAUACUGUGGUUACCAGACUACCAAAUGGUCUACAAAUAUAUGGUAUAGAUGAGAGGGUAGUCCGGAACGCGAAGGGAGUAGACGUAGACCGUGAGGGGAAUGUGUACGUCUGUGGUCAAGAUUCCAACAACGUGGUACAGGUCUCCGCUAACGGGACCAAAAUCAGAGAACUUCUGACGUCAAAGGAUGGUAUCAACAAACCCAGGGCUAUAUCGGUGUGUGGGGACAAAUUCGUAGUCACCAACCUAUCAUAUCAGACAGAAAUACACGUAUAUCAACUCUACUGA